CAAAGAAUCCGCCGGAGCUAGUGAUAUGGGUGGUUCCAGAGAGUUCCGAGCUGAGGUACCCUCAAACCAAUUCCACUCGAUCAUCGCCAUAGUCAUCUGGCUUGGCGCCAUUCACUUCAACGUCGCUCUUGUUCUCUGUUCCCUCAUUUUCCUUCCUCCUUCUCUAUCUCUCAUGGUCUUGGGCUUGCUCUCUCUGUUUAUCUUCAUCCCAAUCGACCAUCGUAGCAAAUACGGUCGUAAGCUCGCUAGGUACAUAUGCAAGCACGCGUGUAGUUAUUUCCCUGUCUCUCUGUACGUCGAGGAUUACGAAGCUUUUCAGCCUAAUCGUGCCUAUGUCUUUGGUUAUGAACCACAUUCGGUGUUACCGAUUGGAGUUGUUGCGCUUUGUGAUCUCACAGGGUUUAUGCCUCUUACUAAUAUUAAAGUUCUUGCAAGUAGUGCUAUUUUCUACACUCCCUUUCUAAGGCAUAUAUGGACAUGGUUAGGCCUCACGGCUGCUUCUAGGAAGAAUUUCACUUCCCUUUUGGAUUCUGGCUACAGUUGUGUUCUUGUACCUGGUGGUGUGCAGGAGACUUUUCAUAUGCAACAUGAUGCUGAGACUAUCUUCCUUUCAAGGAGAAGAGGUUUUGUGCGCAUAGCCAUGGAACAGGGGAGCCCUCUGGUUCCAGUGUUCUGCUUUGGUCAGGCACGCGUGUACAAAUGGUGGAAGCCGGAUUGGGAUCUCUAUCUUAAACUAUCUAGAGCAAUCAGGUUUACCCCGAUCUGCUUCUGGGGAGUUUUUGGAUCACCAUUACCGUGUCGACAGCCUAUGCACGUGGUAGUUGGUAAACCAAUAGAAGUUACAAAAACUCUGAAGCCAACUGAUGAAGAGAUUGACAAGUUCCAUGGCCAGUAUGUGGAAGCGCUUAGGGAUCUGUUUGAGAGGCACAAGUCCCGAGUAGGCUAUGAUCUUGAGUUGCACAUUCUUUGAACAAAAUCUCCAGGGAAAUUACUACUUGUGUGUAUUAUCCUUCAUUAUUUGUUACCUUGGUACUAGAUUUGGAUUUAAUAUACAUGACUGCAAGUAUGUCUUUAACAUCGACUGUUGUAGUAAUGGAAUACGUUUAUAAAGCCUGUAAAUUACU